UACAGCCCGUCAGCGCGGCCGCCACCGCUCGCCGCCGCCUGAUGGACGAAGAUGACGCAGGCGGAAAUGGGCUAGGGGCAGGCGGGAUGCGAGAGCACGCAGCAUGGUGGUGCAGGCGCUGCAUGAGGCAGCACUGCGCACGGGCCACAUGCGUUGCCUACUUUGCUGCCUUGGUGGUGCGCCUUUUUGCGAACCGCAGUUGAGCCUCACCCCCAACCUUCCCUCCGCCAUACUAAACGUCACGCCUCCGCUGAGGGCUCGCGCACCCAGAUUCGAGCCUUCCCACGCACAGUCUGCACGUCAAUAUACCCGCCGUCAUCCGUGUGAACCGUGCGCCGAACUCACUCACCCCGCCACUGGACGAGCCGCGGCGAGCGCACGCAGUCACCACCGCCGCCCCUCUUUGCACUCUUCUUUCCCCCAUUUCCGGCCCCCAGAGCGUGCGAUACCGCCCUCAAACCCAUGCAAGCUCCAGGACGACAAGCGCAGACGAGCCAGUAGCUUUACAUGCCCGGGCACUGGUCCGGUUGUUCAAGCCGCCUCCAAGUCACCACGUAGGGCGUUUGGCCAAAUGCCAAGGACAGGAAACAGCCCAACCUGCUACCUCCGAUUCGAUCUCCGCCCAGUCCGCGGUCUAAAUCUGGAACGGGGCUGCUGCUUAAGAAUUUGCGGUUCGAACCAUGAGCAACGUCGACAUUCACUCGAGAUAUGUCGCCGCGUUGCGCACCCAGGCGAAGACGGCUGAAGCCGCGACCACGGACGCCUGGCCCUGUCCCUACUGCAGCCACCACGGCCGCAUCUUCCAAACCGCCGACCAGCUGUUCAGCCAUGCCACUGUGGAACAUGCACCCGUUGUGCAGGCCAUGGACCCCGCCCAGGCCCGUGCCCAGGUGAGAGAGGCGGCCCUGAAGUUGGCGUGGACCAAUC